GAUUUCAGCCAAAGAGUUCGGCGUACGCUCGUCAAGAGCCUCUCCAAUGCAAGGAUCGAUGCCCUCACCGGAAGCUGUGCCGAGCAUGUACCCACCAGGUGCUUCGCUCGAGUUGUACCUGGUCAGACAUGGAGAGACCCCUGAGAACAAGAGCAGAACCAUCGCAGGUCAGAACUCUUCUGGGCUUACACCCAACGGUUGUAAACAAGCACAACUUGUUGCUGAACGAUUGAAAGAAAUCGAAUUUACCGCUGUGUAUCUGAGCGAUUUAAACAGAACAAAGCAAACAGCCGAUUUCAUUUUACGAGCCUUGCCCCCCGGAAUUCCUGCCUUCACCGAUAGCAGGUUGCGAGAAAAGGCUGCAGGGCAGUAUGAAGGAUAUCAGAUUGGUUACAUUGAGCACAUGACAAGAAUCUCGGGAAUGCCUCACAGAAAAUUUAGACCUCCAGGAGGAGAAAAUUGGGAAGAUGUACGAUUUCGAGCAAGAUCCUUCAUGAAGGAACUUUUGCACAAGUAUGCUUUGCCCAGUUUCAGUAACUAUGGGCCGAUGAUUCAUCGGGGAUAUGCCUCCAGUCCAAGAAGCUCAUUCGAACAAAACUUCACGAAUUCUGAACGUUUGGUGGCUGUGAGCGAUGACAGAGUGAAACGAAUUCUAAUCGUAACUCAUGGAGGUUUCAUCAGCGAGUUCCUGAGUUCAGCAGUGGGGGGUGUCACAAACAGUGCCAAGAAUUGUUCCAUCUUUGUUCUCGCUGUCUCAAAAUGUUAUCACCCAUCACAAGCUCAAUUUUCUCUCAAAGUCACCAACGAUGUUGGACAUCUGGCGAACCUUGAAAGGCAAGGAAAGGAAGAUGGUCCGGAGACUGUGACCGUCCCAUCCGAGCAGACAAGCACGUUUGAUGAUGACGAGCUGGAGGAAAGCUGUCGAGAGAGACAGCCAGAUGAGACGAGCGACGAUCUGAUCAGUGCGAGCAGUACGAUAGCAGUAAAUAGAAGGAACAAUGCCGAGAACGCAAAAGAAGCUUGCGACAAGGAGAUGGAACAACAGAUAACAGAUCACGUGUCAAAAUCUGAUUUCGCUAUUCACCCAGAACCUGGGAUGCCGGAUGAUUUGAUUUCACACCGCAUAGAUCAAGAACCAAUUCACGAGAUGAAGCGUUUGAUGAUCCAAGACGAAGAGAUUCUGAUGGAUUCUCAGGAUGAUGAUAUGCAGGCAGUUACAUGUUGAGGACCAACCCUUCGAUCAACCAGAAAGCAACUUGCCACAGCAGAGUUAAAUGACAUUUUUAAUACAAUUGCAAGGACCAACG